GGGGGCUGGGAAAGCUCCUCUGGCACUGGGGGGGGUGGAUGGGACAUGGCCGGUGGCCAAACCACUGGGUGGGGACAGCAGAGGGGGACCCCAGACCCGUCACCAAACACCUUGUUUUUUGGGGAUCAGACCCUUGGCACGCCUCCGGCACCCACUGCCCAUCGUUGGUGGCAUGCCAGCAGCUUCCAACCUCCGUGCCGGCAGCCUCCAUGCCAGUCGCCUCCCCUCCUCGCUGCGGCGCGAUCGCAUCUGGUUCCUGCGCUAAUUGUGCCAGAGCUGGGGAAGGGCCGAGCGUGGGGAGGUGCUGGCGCAGAGCCGUUGCUGGAGAAGCCGGAAUCUGGCUUUGGGCGAUGCUGAAGAGCCCCCCCUGCGUCCGGAGAAUCAGGGGUGACUCGUCCCAGCAGGUGGGAGCUGGUGGGAUGGCGGUGCGGUGGGUGGUGCUGCUGGCCGUGCUGCUGCUGGCCGAGCUCUGUGCUCCUGAGCCAGUGGCUGAAGCCAACGGGACGUGCCAGGGCUCCAACCGCUGCCAGCCUGGCGUCCUGCUGCCCAUCUGGCAACCCGACAACCCCUCCUUCGGCGACAAGGCGGCCCGCGCCAUCGUCUACUUCGUAGCCAUGAUGUACAUGUUCCUGGGCGUCUCCAUCAUCGCUGACCGCUUCAUGGCCUCCAUCGAGGUCAUCACCUCCAAGGAGAAGGAGAUCACCAUCACCAAGGCCAACGGGGAGACCAGCAUCGGCACCGUCCGCAUCUGGAACGAGACGGUCUCCAACCUCACCCUGAUGGCGCUGGGCUCCUCGGCCCCCGAGAUCCUCCUCUCUGUCAUCGAGGUCUGCGGCCACAACUUCCAAGCGGGUGAGUUGGGACCCGGCACCAUUGUGGGCAGCGCGGCCUUCAACAUGUUCGUGGUCAUCGCUGUCUGCGUCUACGUCAUCCCCAGCGGCGAGAGCCGCAAGAUCAAGCACUUGAGGGUCUUCUUCGUCACAGCCUCCUGGAGCAUCUUCGCCUACAUCUGGCUCUACCUGAUCCUGGCCGUCAUCUCCCCUGGGGUGGUGCAGGUCUGGGAAGCCCUCCUCACCCUCAUCUUCUUCCCCGUCUGCGUGGUCUUUGCCUGGGCUGCUGACAAGCGGCUCCUCUUCUACAAGUACGUCUACAAGCGCUACCGCGCUGACCCCCUCAGCGGCAUCAUCAUUGGCACGGAGGGCGAGCUCCCCAAGGGCAUCGAGAUGGACGGCGGCUUCCCAGUCCCUGAGCGCCGUGAAGCUGAAGGCACUGGCAUCACCGCAUCACCUGCCCUGCCCACCCCCACGCCAGAGGAGAAGGAGCUGGAUGAGAGCCGCCGGGAAGUCAUCCAGAUCUUGAAGGACCUCAAGCAGAAGCACCCUGAGAAGGAGUUGGAGCAGCUGGUGGAGAUGGCCAACUACUACGCCCUGCUCCACCAGCAGAAGAGCCGAGCUUUCUACCGCAUCCAGGCCACCCGUAUGAUGAUCGGUGCCGGCAACAUCCUCAAGAAACAUGUGGCCGAGUUCUCCAAGAGGUCCUCCACACUCCUGGAGGUGCCCUCAGACGCCGAAGAGGAGACCUGCAGCCAUAUCUUCUUUGAGCCGUGCCUGUACCACUGCCUGGAGAACUGCGGCUCAGUGACGCUCUCAGUGGCUUGCCAACACAGCGCCGAAGCCAACCACACCUUCUACGUGGACUACAAGACGGAGGAUGGCUCGGCAAAGGCGGGCUCCGACUACGAGUACAGUGAGGGGACGCUGAUCUUCAAGCCGGGGGAGACCCAGAAGGAGCUGAAGAUCGGCAUCAUCGACGACGACAUCUUCGAGGAGGACGAGCAUUUCUUCGUCCGCCUCCUCAACCUCCGGGUGGGCGAUGCCGAGGGGAUGUUCGAGACUGAUUCGGCUGAGCACCCCAAGGGUCGGUUGGUGGCUCCUUUGGUGGCCACCGUCACCAUCUUGGACGACGACCACGCCGGCAUCUUCACCUUCCAGGAUCGGUUGCUGCACGUCAGCGAGUGCCAGGGGACGGUGGAGGUGAAGGUGGUCCGCAGCUCAGGCGCCCGUGGCACUGUCCUCCUGCCCUACCGCACGGUGGAGGGCACGGCCCGCGGCGGCGGCAUCCAUUACGAGGAUGCCUGUGGGGAGCUGGAGUUCAAGAACGACGAGACCGCGAAGAUGCUGCAGGUGAAGAUCGUGGAUGACGAAGAGUACGAGAAGAAGGACAACUUCUUCAUCGAGCUGGGGCAGCCGCGCUGGCUCAAACGGGGCAUCUCAGCCCUCCUGCUCACCCAAGCAGACAGUGACCGGAAGCUCUCCGCCGAGGAAGAGGAGGCUUGGCGCAUCGCCGAGAUGGGCAAACCUGUCCUGGGGGAAAACUGCAAGCUGGAGGUCAUCAUCGAGGAGUCCUAUGACUUCAAGAACACGGUGGACAAGCUGAUCAAGAAGACCAACCUGGCCAUGGUGAUUGGGACACACUCCUGGCGGGAGCAGUUCCUGGAAGCCAUCACCGUCAGCGCAGGCGAGGAGGAGGAGGAGGAGGACGGGCGGGAGGAGCGGCUGCCCUCCUGCUUUGACUACGUGAUGCACUUCCUGACGGUCUUCUGGAAGGUUCUCUUCGCCUGCGUGCCCCCCACCGAGUACUGCAACGGCUGGGCCUGCUUCAGCGUCUCCAUCCUCCUCAUCGGCGUCCUCACCGCCCUCAUCGGCGACCUGGCUGCCCACUUCGGCUGCACCGUCGGCCUCAAGGACUCCGUCAACGCCGUCGUCUUCGUGGCCCUCGGCACGUCCAUCCCUGACACCUUCGCCAGCAAGGUGGCCGCGCUGCAGGACCAGUGCGCAGACGCCUCCAUUGGCAACGUGACGGGCUCCAACGCCGUCAACGUCUUCCUGGGGCUCGGCGUCGCCUGGUCGGUGGCCGCCAUUUACUGGGCGGCGCAGGGCCGGGACUUUGAGGUGCAGACGGGCACCUUGGCCUUCUCCGUCACCCUCUUCACCAUCUUCGCCUUCGUCUGCAUCAGUGUCCUCAUGUACCGCCGGCGGCCCCACAUCGGGGGCGAGCUGGGGGGACCCCGCACCCCCAAACUCCUCACCGCCGGCCUCUUCCUCGGCCUCUGGCUCCUCUACAUCCUCUUCGCCAGCCUGGAAGCCUACUGCCACAUCAAGGGCUUCUGAGAGGGGACAGGGGAUGGGUUGGUGGGGACGGGGACUGCCUGGUGUCACCCCACAGUGGGGGGGGGGGGGGAAGGGGAUUGGGUCCUCCCGGGGAGCUGCAUCCCCACAGGGGCCAUCCGGCAUCACCGCAUCCCCAUGGGGUCCACGUGCCCAUGUCCCCUUGGGGUCCUCCUGACACCCCCAUGUCCCCAGAGGGUCCCCACAUCCCCUUGGGGUUCUCCUGGCAUCUCCAUGUCCCCUUGGGGUCUUCCUGCCAUCCCCAUGUCCCCAGAAGGUCCCCAUGUCCCCUUGGGGUUCUCCUG